AUGUCUUUUCUCGCUAGACUCUCUGGAUCCAUUAGACCCAUCUCUAUCUCUGCUACCAGACACUAUACCAGCGGCGCUGUUGGUGCAGAAUCCAUCAUCACCAGACUCAAGAAUGACCGCAAAACCUACAUGAAGGAAAAGAAGCAACCUGACUUGAACGUUGUAAAGGGUCUUUUAAGUGAUUUCACCUAUUAUACCAAGAGCGCCAACUUUGUCGAAGGUCAAUCCGAGGAGGAAGCUUGCCUGUCAGUGCUACAAAAGGCCAUCAAGCGUCGUCAAGACUCGGUAAGUCAAUAUGAGGCUGGUGGAAGACCUGAAUUGGCCGAGCAAGAGCGCGUGGAGCUCAAGGUGCUUCAAUCUUACUUGCCUGAGCAAAUGUCUCCUGAGCUCAUUGAACAGGAGUUGAGAGGUAUUAUUCAAGAAGUAGGUGCCUCCACCUCGAGAGAUAUCGGCAAGGUCAUGAAGGCAUGGAAACAUGAUGCUGCUACUGCUGACCGUAAGGUGGUUAGUGAUAUUGUAAAGAAAUUGUUAAAUUAG